UUAAGAAAAGGCCGAGAAAGAAAUCGAGGGUUUGUCUCAUAAUGCAAGAAAGUUACAAGAAGAAGCUAGAAAUUCAAUUUAUACUAGGAAAAAUAAAAUAAAAGCUUUAGGAAUUGGAUUUCUUUGAGAAGCCAUGAAAGAGCAAGAAGUUAAAGCUUGCAAGGAACAGAAGACAUGCUUAGCUUAAUAAUUUUCUUUUCUUGUAUUAAUUUUAUUUUUCUUUUGAGAUAUAACUGAAAACCAUAGCGUCAAGUAACCAAAUAAGCGAAACCCUACCUUAGCGUGACGGUGUUCUUCUUCCCCAUUUUCUCACUUUUAGCCUUUUUAUUUGACCUGCAAAUGCAAUUAGCCUAUCUCACACAGCCAUUUUCACCAUGCUUGCUAAAGGAAGUUCUUGGAGAAGUUUUCUUCAACUAUUCUAUUAUAGAUACAGAAUUUGUUGCUCUAGCAAUGUUGCUCUUGGAUACGGUUCUGCAGGUGCUAUUGUAGCAGAUAAGAAGAUUGGUUUACAUGGGUAUUCAAUGGAUCAAAGAGGAUUGAAGAUGAUGAUGAUCACUACCAAUGGUGCAACAAGAAAUCUUGAUACCAACAUGGUGAAGGUAAAGGAUGAUAUGGGCAAAGCACCAGUACCACCAGUGGAUCCUCCAAGGGCUAACUAUGCUUCUUGUAUGGCUUGCAGGGCAAAAUGGAUGUUGGGCUCUAUGUUAUCUCUCAUUCUACCAUUCUGGAAGGAAAAAUGGGAGAAACUGAAGAUGAUAGAAGGUGAGGCAGAAAUUGUUGGGGAAGAGGUUGAAAGUGUAGCAGCUGUAGUACAAAAGGCUGCAACAAUGGCAGAAAACAUAUCAGCAGAGGUGGCAGAAAAACUUCCCGAAAAUGGAAAACUAAAAGAAACUGCUGUGUUAAUAGAGAGGGUUUCAAAAGCAACAGCUCAUGAUGCUCAGCUAACCAGAGAUUUCAUUCACAAGGUCGACAAGUUAAAGCACGACUUUGAAGACUUGGAAACAAUGGUUGAACCUGUAAUUGAAAAGCUUCUGCAACAAAAAUCAGAAGGGAAGUAAAAUUGAGAAAAUUUACUUUUCAAUGCACAUGCAGAUGCAAUAGCAAAUUACUCUCUUAACAAGCAGAACAAGGCUUUCCAUUUGUUUUCCUCUGCAAAACACACUAAUAUGAAUCUUUAUCAUUUGUAUGUGUAUUAAAUAAUUUGAAAAACUUACCUGAUUUUUGUUUUGACAA